UUACGGACGGACUGAGUAAACUGUAGGUACUUAACUACCUAAGUAACUUUUAACCGUCAAUUAUCUUGGACUAAAAACGAUGACUACUUAGUAACCAGUAAUUUUGAAUUACCAGAUUUCAGACCUAAACAAUGGUGUGAAUAUUGUUUAUAUGGCAAAAACCUACUUUUAAACCCAGGUUUCAAAGAUAUAUCGAUUCACCUAAGUAAAGCCCUAAGCACUCUCUAAAUGCGCUCACUACUUACUCUCAAUUCCCUUGCCAAAGUAUCAAUCCUUGAGGUCGGCGUAUACAAUAAGCUAACCAUGAUUCAUGUUCAUCGUGAUAGGUGCGUUACAUAGUACGUAGAUCUCCAAGAAAGUAUGGGAUGGACGCGUUUGCGAUUGAUGUUACAGCGCAUUUGAGAGUCAAGUGUUUCGGCAUGUUGGUGUAUGUGAAUCUUAUGUUAGAACCAUGACUUCGGGAUUCGUUUUAGUGUGCUUUGGGAUUGUAUUUUUGAAUGGCGUGGACACGCAAUUCUACAGAGUGGUCGGUGGUUUGCCGACCACAAUCGACCAGUACCCCAUCAUAACUCAACUCCUGCUGGACGUGUGGGGCACUCAGAACUUCAUCCAGCACUGCGCUGGUGUUAUACUGACUACGCGCCACGUGAUAUCCACUGCUCAUUGCUUCCAGUUUAGCCCUAAUACUGGUUUAAACUACAGUCAACCCAAGUACUGGAAAAUACGUGUGGGGUCCUCAUACCGCACGAGAGGAGGUUCUCUGUACAACCUGAAGACAAUCAUUCCUCACGAGGCUUUCGAUAAAAAUUUCUACACCAACGAUAUUGCAGUGCUGGUGUUGUCUAAGCAGAUAAAAUUAAAUUCAAAUGUUAAACAGAGCACGAUAAUAAGACCUAACGUGGAAGUCAAACCUUAUUCGCUCUGCACUUUAGUGGGGUGGGGAACUGAAGAGGUUGGUGGACCGCAACCUAACCAACUGCACCAUACUGCAAUACUGACGGUAGAUCAAACCGUUUGCAGAGAUCGUUAUAGUACAAUCAAUGCAGUCAUAGCCGACAGCAUGAUGUGCGCUGGACGUCUCGACGUAGGCGGUAUCGACGGAUGCUUUGGUGAUUCGGGAGGACCUCUCAUAUACCGAGGAAUAGUCGUGGGCCUUGUAUCUUUUGGGUACUCCUGUGGAGACCCUUACUUCCCCGGUGUCUACACAAAACUAUCAAAAUAUACCAAUUGGAUUGUAAAAACUGUUGCGGCUAAUAAAACUUAAGUUUUA